AUGACGAGAAUCUUUGGAACACUCUUGGGGGCGUUGCUCGUCUUGUCCUCCCCAGUAUCGUGUCUGACGGCAUGGUGGACAGAGCUGAGCCCCCAUCUGGCGAUGCAAGACCCUGUAACGGGCAACAUUUUGUACACCGCUUGCAAUAGCAACUCCACGCCCAUCCUGCCAACAGAUGGACUGAACGUCUUUCCUCUCCAAAGAAAGCCGAGAAGCGGCACCUCGCUUGCCGCUGCCGGUUGGUACGACGUGCCGAACAAGACGACGAUGACCUCGAUAUUCUACCAGGCCGAGGACAACUCCAUUGUAAACGGCUAUUUUAUCUGCAAUUUCGGUACAGGCCAUUACGCCAUUAAGGGCGAGUACGUCAUCUCCGCGACGGCCGGUGUCGAAUCCAUACACAACGAGACUGGCUUAGCGGUUGAGUUAUUGGGCGCAGAAGACGGAUAUCGGGUUUUCUUCCACGUCGAAGCUAAGACGGUUAAUGUCAUGUCAUACACGACCAAAACCGACUGGCAGUUACAGGGUGUCAUUUCGCAGGACCCCGUAGGAGGAAUGGCCUUGACGUCGGUGCACUCGGGACAGCUCAACAUGUCGGUAGUCUUUCCCAAAGACUCGGAAAAUGUUGAAAUUUCGAGAUUUUUCAAAGACGAGACAUGGCAUCUAGGCGACGCGAAUGAGACGACGAAAGCAAACGACAUCCUCCUCGAUUCGUCGCUUACCCCGAACUUCACCAUGCCAGCUUUCGCAAGCAACUUGACUUCAUUAGGCGCAACGGUGGAUAAAUCAUACGUACGCAGCAUUUUCUACUUGGGAACGGAUGCGAAGCUGCACCAAAUGUCGAAUAUCGAUUGGCAGUGGAAGCUCAUGCCUGAACAGGAUGCGAGUCUUUGGCCCGUGGCGGAUGUUACGAGUGGCUCUUUCGCGGCAACAAGCAACUUCGACACGAGCGAAGCAUGGAUAUGGUAUCAAUCAAACGGGAGCUUGGUUCAGCUGUACCAUGGUGAAGAUGGUCUUUGGAGGCAAGCCGCGGUGGUUCCCAGCUUCAACGCAACGAAGGCGGUUGGAGAAGAGCCCCGGGGAACAGGAGCGCCAACAGCUUCAUCGACAGCCACAGGGAAACCAGUUGUUUUGUCGGCCGGGGCCAAGGCCGGCAUAGGGAUUGGCGUUUCUUUCGGAGUUGUUGCCUUUGCCGGAGGUAUCCUUCUUCUCAUGAUGCGAAGGCGGCGGCAACAAGCGGCCGAGGCGGCCGAGGCGGCCCGUUUGAAGGAGGCCGAAGCCACUGCUCAAAUGGUACCGUACGGCAACGGCGGAUUCGGCCCGUACACGGAGUUUGGGAACCUGACGUGGGGUCCGGAGACGCCAACUGAGAAGCACGGGAACGAAAUAGUUGAGGCGGAUGCGGUCGGUACGACUGCGCCGCAAGAAUUGGCGAGUGCGAGCGAGAGAUAUGAGCUUGUUGGCGAGGGGCAUUGGAGAGAAAUGGACGCAACAGGGCAGAACGGAGCGAGAAGAAGCAUUGGAGGCUGGAGAGAGGCGCAACAGGUGCCAGUAGAGAAGUGA